CACACACAGCAAGAGGAUGAUAUGAUCUGCCAAAAACUGAAACCAACCCAUCAACUAUUUCCAUACACAUUUAGUCAGUCAAUCUGAUCAAAGUUGCUCAGUGUCAGGGUGAAGGCUUUGAGAGGAGCGCAGACCUGGAAGGAAAAUGGAUUCCGCAAAGACUGCAGGUCUGCUAGAAAAAAUCUGACGCAAAAUAAAAACAGGAACACAGAGCAGCUGUUGAAUUCACCAGCUAGAAGCACAUUUCACAGCAGGAUGUCAAACUCCCCAAAGUUUUCCUUCCACAACAGCAGCAGGUCUCAGGCGUUGACUCUUGAGGUCGGCCUGCACACCUGUGAGCCCUGCAGGACGACCUGCCAGCAGAUGGCGACCCGUCAGAUUAAAGAGGGUGAGGACAUCUGCUUCCCCCAGCCAGGGAGCAACCACUCCGGCUUGAGGACUCCAGCUCUGAGCAGGAGACACAGCGCUGACGGGACCAUCGGCUCAGAUCGCGCCCCGGCUGACCGCUUCCACCCAUACCGUCGACAGUUCAGCGACGGGGCGGUGGAUGCUUCAGAUUGCCUCCUUCAGAGCGCCUCUUCCCUCAGCAGCCUGCAGGAAGUGAACAUUCCCGACACUGGCUCAUGCAGCAGUGAUGCACAAACAACCUGGGGCGAAUACAGCGACAGCAUUCAGAAUCUGUACCCAGAGCUUCCGGCUGGGCCGGUGGAACCUUACGGCUCUCUGUCUCAAAGUUAUCCACCCUACGACUCGAUGAGCUCCAUGCAGCAGGUUUCAGCUAAACUGUUUCCAAAUGCCGAUCAGCCAGACGGCACCAAAUAUGCCCUUCAGAGUCUCUCCAUUCAGCCACAUCAGGAGAGGUCAACGGAAGCCCUCUUCCCCAAACCCAUUUACUCCUACAGCAUCUUGAUUUUUAUGGCUUUGAAGAACAGCAAAACAGGAAGUCUGCCGGUCAGUGAGAUCUACAGCUUCAUGACUGAACACUUCCCAUAUUUUAAGAACGCCCCUGAUGGUUGGAAAAACUCGGUAAGGCACAACCUUUCCCUGAACAAAUGCUUUGAAAAGGUGGAGAACAAAAAUGGCAACACUUCUCGUAAAGGCUGCCUUUGGGGUCUAAAUCCGGCCAAGGUGGAGAAAAUGCAGGAAGAGCUGCACAAAUGGCGCCGCAAAGACCCCCAGACCAUCCGCAGGAGCAUGGCAAAGCCAGAAGACUUUGAUCGUCUGUUGGGAGAGAAGCCAGACAGACUAAGACCUUUGCCGCCUUACCCAAGCACAAAUAUGACCACGUUAAAAAGAGUGGCCCCUACGUACAGCCCUGCCCCUUUACCUCUGAACCCCGCGCAGCCUCCACCGGCGUGCCGACCCGUUCCACAAUCAGAGUACGCUCACAUUCAGCCCAGCUACCUUCCCCACACGACGCUCCAACCCAGCAGCUCUUUUGCCCUGUACUCCCCCUGUGGACAGCAGCCUGCAGCCGGCGUCCCGUCACCCUCUGGAUGUCUGAACUCACCCCUAGCUGGGAAAAUGCCACCUGUUUACAGGGUUGGACUGCCGGGAGAGUACAAUGUCGACCUGAGGGGAAUGCAUGAGUUACUUCAAGAUGGAGACACCAGCUAUGACAUAGACACACUCAACCCCAGUCUGACGGACCUGCAGCUGCAAGGAAACUUGUGGGAGGAGUUGAGGAAGGACAGCCUGGUGUCGGAGCCACAUGGUCCGGCCACACACCUCUCCACCUCCUUUCUCCAGCAGGAUCACCACCAACAGACCAGCUGCCUGCAGGCUUUCAGCCCCUCGUUCGAGGGGAAUGCUGGACCCUGCUGUAAAGCAGCGUAUGAGGACGAGGACGCAGACAGAAGCUGCUGGAAUGGACUACAUCCUGUUGGAUAUUCAGGACUGGAGAGUUUGGCUGGAUAUCUGACCUCCUGCACCACCUCCAUUUCCCUGAUGUAAACGGCUCUCCACUUCCUCUGAGACUUUGCAAACUAUUAAACAUUUCACGUUUUAUGCUUAUAAACUUAAUCAGCUUUAAAACGUUGUCAAACUGAGACAUAUCCGAUGUACCUUUAUUGAAUGUGAUUCAUAUAUUUGUUUGCAAAGUUGUUUAUUUAUUUACUUUGAGCAAAAUGUGUUUCAGUUUCCAUGUAUCUUGUUUUGUACUGUCACUUAAGGAUUCAAAGUGUUUCAUUUUUUUGCUAUAGUUUCACCUCUUUAGUUGGCAUUUAGUUUUAACUGCAGGCAAGUCCGUAAAUUAUCCCCUAACAUAUAUUAGUUUGACUAUUAAAGUGAAAAUUUAAAAAAUGUUAACAUUUCAGAAAUGAAAACAUAAACACGUACUCUUCUCAACAAGUUUGAUUAAUUGUAUGGAAGGUUUAAUGUACCUAAAAGGUUAGAUGUUCAGUUUUCACAAAACUUAAUUAUUAAAAAAAGAGCAACCAUUUGCAUUGAUGUCUUAUACUGGCAUUCACUAAAUGUAUUCAGCAUUUAGUGAAUGCUGAAUACAUUUAGUGAAUGCUGGAUCUUCCUCCAUGGGCUGUGCUGCACUGCAGUUCAAACGCUACCUCACACCAGGUGGCCUUGUCACCAAGAGGUAAUUUGCAGACCGUACAAAAAAUAAAACAAAAAACAAAGAAAUGCAGAAGAAACAGAAGAAGGGAAAAGUUACAUGAUGGUCGGGGUGAAGACGUCGGCAGUUUGUAGAUAUUUCAAGGUAAACAGAGGAUUUUAAAAGAAGCAAGGGCAAAAAGGCUUCUUUAUAAGGAGUAAUUUGAUAAGGUAUUUAAAAACUAAACUAUCCAUGUGUCGGGCUCUAUUUAUGACUUUCUAAAACAGCCAGAGGGACUGUAGGCUUACAAAGAAGAUCCACCCUGUUCUAGCCAAAAUAAAUGUUUUUAAACAUUAUUGUAUGAGUUGUACCUACUUGCAAACUACUCAGUUGGAAUUGGCAACUACCUACUAAUGUCAACCCAUAUUUUAUCUUCUAGAAAGGCCUUCCCCGAGGUUCAGGAGUGUGUUCAUUGAACACUUUCAUAGAGCAGUUCUUCCAUAGGCAAACUCACUCAUCCAUGUCCUUGUUAAUUUUGGUGUGUGCACCGUCAUGUUGGAACAGAAACAGGAGAAGCCGAGCCCAACUCCUGAUAAACAACCAUGCACCAAAAUCAUCUACGUCCUAAAUGUUACUUCUAACAUGAUGCAGUCAAAACGUCACCGCUGUCCAGGUGAAAUCCUGACUGGUCGGUUGAAUUGCCCAUGGAAAUGGUGCAGUAACGCUGUUUCAGCAGUAGAUGGCAGCAAACCCCCCGCACGGUUCUGCUGUUUUUGUUUCAUACAGCAAGGUACUUCUGGCAAACAUUUUAGUUUUCACUUAAAUGUAAGUAUUUAGAUUUAUUCAGAUAAAAACUGGUCACUGUUCCUUUUACACUUUUGUGAAACUGUCACUGAAAUGGAAAUGUCACAACAGCUUAUUGUCAGUGUAUCUAAAUUUUGUAUUUUUCUAUUAAUGUCCUGUUUUGAGACUAUGAAAUGUUAUUAUUUCAGUCAUUCCUCAAGUCAAGUCUUGAGAUAAACGCAUGUCAAGAUUUUGUGAAAAUCCCAGUUUUAUUUCUUUGAUAAAAUUAAAGACAAAACUUUUACAAUUUUCCAUGUUGAUUGAAAACAUUUCUUUGCAUCAAAGUGAACACAGUAUUCAGUGAGACAGAAAGUAUCAGAUAUCAGAACUGCUCUCUGAUUUGUGGCUAGUUAUACACAGUUGUGGUCUGAAGUUUACAUACUUUCACCGUCUGCGUCAACGUCAAGUUAAUUUGGAGCUUUUAAUGAUUUAUUUAAGCUGUUCUUUUACUAAAUUCAAGCAAAUUCAAAGUACUAAUGGAGUACGCUAAUAAGAAUGUAUUCAUUGUGACCAAAAGGAUAAACCAGCAAAGCUCUUUUUUUUUUUUUCAGGAAGCAUCCUUUACCUCCUUUCAGUUUGAAUGUGUUCAUUUCUUUCUCUCUACAUGCCCAGUGCCUCUCUGUGGACAAUAAAUGCAAAACAUUCAAACCAAAAACUGUUGUCUUGUCAAGUUAAGACAUUUCAGAGCUGUCAGCACCACCUAUUUAAAUCUUUUUAGGUAAUGCAUGUACAGCCUUUAUUCAUGAUUAUUACUUUUUAUUUCAGAGAAAAUCUGUGACAAAUUGAAAUCUAUACACCCAGUUCUUGUGUUUUUUAAUUUAGUUAUUUGUGUAUAAAGAUUCAGCCCUAGAAAAAGAAGAGCUUAAACCAAAAUUGAUGAGUGUAUGUUAGCCUCUGAUGUUUCCUGACUCUUAAAAAUAUUCCUGUCGUGGCGGCAAAGUCAACCUGAAGACAUGAAUCGAAUCAAAUUCUCACAAAGACAAAGGAGACAGUCAUCUGGACAGCAACAGAACACAGGCGGAAGAGAGAGUCACUUAGAUAUGUCUGCUAAUACGAUUUUAAGUAACUACAAGAGUAAAAAUGCCAUCAAACUAUAAACCGCAAAUAUACUUUUGAUUAUUUCAAAAUUUGCAUCUUAUUUCUGUAUAUUGUAGUUUUCCUAAAUCUAAUCAGUUGGAACAUUUUCAAAACAAACAAAAAAAAAAACGUCUUUGCAAAUAAAACAUUCUAUUUUAUUUAAACGCUAGCAGAAGAUAUCAGUGGCUCCACUACCACACACACAGAGAAACUAUAUGGAUGUUAUAUGAUUAAAAAAAGAUCUAGGUUUAUAAUUUAGCUUGAUAUUGAAGAGAGCAUGAGCAGUGCCUGGCAAAGGUAUUCACAACAUUUUAAAAAAAUAUUUUGUAUAAUGUUAUAGUUGAAAACUGGAGUAAUGAGUAAAGUCUGCAGGUUUUCUGUCACACACACACAAGCACACACACGCACGCACGCACGCACGCACGCACGCACGCACACACACACACACACACACAGAAACGGUGAGCGGAUCCGGGCUCACAGGGAAGCCGAUGCUUUUCCACAUCGAGAGGAAUUAGUUCAGGUGGUGUCUCGGGCCUCUGUGAUGACGUGUUCUGGACAUGUCCACUGGCGGGAGACACAGAGGAAGAUACAGGACACACUGGAACUGGACCAAGUGGCUGGGGAGGGAGAACAAAACGUCUGGGCUUCUUUGCUUAGGCUGCUUCUCUCAUGACCCAAGCCCGGAUCGAGUGGAAGAUAACGGAUGGACGGAUGGCAACUGAAAACUUUCUUGUCUUUUAUUUGGAUUCAUAUGACAGUGCGACACAAAGUAGUGCAUGUUUUUAAAGUGGGAGGGAAAGUAUGCAUACUUUUCUUU